GUGGAAAUAGAAGAAGAAUUGCAGCUCAUCAUGUCGUCGAGAGAAAAUCACGAUGUCUUGAUAGAGGUGAACGCUUUCCUGAAUACAAUAUCAUCGCAUCCCCCAGUGAUAUCAGUGGCUGGAUUCUUCGAUGUAAACAGGGAAAUGCUCAGAUCGGUACACCAACAUUUCGCGUGUUGUCUUUGGUCAUGGCCUACUCAGUGUGCAUUCAUAUUUGGGUAUUAAUAAUGGCGUACUUUAACGCUUGUGACAUCCUGUUGAAAUUACUUGAGAGGAGAGGCGACUUCCUUACACACAUCUUCAGUGCUCUGUAUAUGAAUGCACUGGUUUUCUCCGGAUGUCUGCCUGUUCUUAUGUGGCUUGACUGCCAUAAAUUUGUUACGUAUAUGGACGAAUGGAUUCGGUUUCAGGUCCUGUUUCUGAGAGUUACUGGAGAUGAUCUGAGUCUUUCGCUAAAGAGACAGUGUUUUGUUUACUCUUUAUAUGUGUCCUUCAUGACGGUUGUGGCAUUGGGAUUAAACAUCCACGAGCAAUAUUUCCCUCUGUGGAGAAUGCCCAUCUUCUAUAUAAUGUUGCUGCAGCUGAACUUAUUAUCCACGUUCCGGGGUGUGACAUUCAGUGCCCUUAAAAUUACCAGCUGCACUCUUGCCAGACGUUUUAAGAUUUAGAUUCAAAAGACGGGACAUUCAGGUAAGAAUGCCGUUGAACAACUUGACACCGGAAAACAAAUGAAAUACUUGAUUUCCUCACAUUUACAGCAUACGUCGAUGCAACACAAAAUAAUAUUGACAAUGUGGAAGAUAAAACUCAAAGCUACAUUCAGCUCGUUAACAAACGUCACUGGACUGCGGAUGUUUCAAAAUCUAGAAAUACAUAAUCUAUUUCGAAUACCACAUCUUCAUAUUUUGGUGUCCAUUUUUAAUUCCUUUUUGUAUUAAUUUCAUAAGAUAAUUCCGUCGUCCAAUAAAAACAACUGCAAAGCUUGAAUAAAUAUUUUUUCUACCUGUUCAUUCCAUUUCUGUUUAGAGUGUAACUUUGGCUUCAUUUCGCCGCCAUGUAUUCUGUCUCUGCAUCGUACAAACUUCUUGUAAUGUUAGCUCUCAGAAACAUAUUACAUCUGUGUAUGUUUCGGCCCGAAAAAAUUAACGUUAGAUAUCUUACUCUACACAGCAGAGUUAUACUUGAGACGGUAGUAGUUUAUCACCUAGUCUGGAACAUUCUGGCCUCUCAUAGAACCAAAUUUUUA